UGUAAUGGGUGACGAAAUCUUUGAUGCCAUGAACCUUGACUUGAAUCUGGGUCCUAUUCCAGAGCCGCCUUCAAACUCUCCAAAUGAAGAUGUGAAUUUAGCUAAUUUGAUUGAGGAUCCUGUGCAUAGAUUUGGAGACGCUAUCAGGUUUAGGACGAGACAUCGAUGGAGAAGGCGUCAAGUCCAAAUUCCUUCUGGAACUCAGAAUAUUUCAUUGGAAUUGAGUGAAAUUAUGGUCAAUUCAGUCAAUGGGAAUUCAUUACAGCCAUUACAGGCUGGUGAGGGUAGUAUUACUGCUGAGGAAAGGAAAAAUGAAGCAGGGAAAACUUGUGAAAUUAACAAUGAAGCUUUGGAAGAUGAGAAGGCAGAGAAUAAGAGUGAUGUUGAAAAGGGCAGUGACUCUGAUGGGAGUUUCUUUGAUUGUAAUAUAUGUCUCGACUUGGCUAGGGACCCUGUUGUAACUUGUUGUGGUCACCUAUACUGCUGGCCGUGCCUUUAUCGAUGGCUACAUCUACAUUCAGAUGCCAAGGAAUGCCCUGUAU